CUCUUUUGCUUCAUUAGCUCAAAUUCAUCCCAAUACCUCUAGCUUGAUAUAUCCAGAGUACUCAACAAUGGAGCAUUACAAGGAAACCACCACUAGACAACCAGCCGGAGCAUCGGCAACUGUGAACCCUCAGACAGACAUGGAGUGGGGUGGUCGAGCAACACCAACGAUAAUUGUGAGGCCGGGGAAGAGUGAGAAAGGAAGUUUGAUCUUAAGAGUGGCAGCUUUAGUGUUUUCGGCAAUAUCAUUCAUUAUUAUGGCCACUAUCAAAGAUUCCAAUGAAUUCCAUGAAUCAAGGUAUGUAUUGGCCGGUGGCAUCCUUUCCACGAUUUACAACGUCUUUCAAGUUUCGCGUCAAGGUUAUUACUUGUCGACCGGAAAAUCUCUGUUCGAGCAGCGUACUACUAUUCUCGUCAAUUUCAUUGGAGAUCAGAUUACUGCAUAUCUAUUGGUAUCAUGUGCAUCGGCAAUGGCACCGUAUGUUGCUACGUUGAGGGCAGUUGAAGAUGGCUUAUUAGCAACUCACGAGACAUCAAAUUUGGUUGCAGCUUCCACUAGCAUGGCUUUCUUAGCGUUCUUUCCUAUGGCCGUGUCAGCUAUGAUAUCUGCUUACAAGCUCAAGAAUUAGAGCAUAUUCCGAAGCUGUUUUGUGUUUCCUUUUCAUUUUUUUACUUGAUAUAUUUUGAUAUAAACCAUUUUUUUUACUUUUGCGUUUUACUGUGUAAUUCAGCUAAUUUUGAAUGUUUC